AUGGACAAGACCAAAAUCGAGGAUAUUCGCCCCAGCCCUGUCAUCAUGAUACCUGGUGAUGGUGGUUGCCAGGCCUUUGCUGAGCUCACUAACACGCCGUCUACCGCUUUCCCCAUCUGGGUUGAUCUGCGCUACUUAAUAACACCCGGAUCCUUUUCGAAGCUUCGGUUUGAUCCAGCCACGGGUCGUACUUAUGAUAACGAAAACGUAAAGGUAACCUUUCCCGGUUGGGGCGAAACCUGGUCGGUGGACAAUUUGGACAGCCGACCUCACGAUGCCACUUUGUACUUUGGGGAAGUCACCAGGACUCUCACCACCAACAAUUCCUUCUACCAACCCAACGUCACUCUUCGCGGUACCCCUUUUGAUUUCCGAAAAGCACCUAGUAAGUUCUCCUUUGCUCUAUUCUCGUAUGUAGAUGAGAAUGAGGAUUUUGGCCCUCAAUUGAAACGUCUCGUUGAGGAGACAUACGCCAAUGGAGAAAAUACUCGUGUCGUAAUCGUAGCGCACAGUAUGGGCACCCUCUACGCUCUUCACUUCUUCAAGAGUCAAUCAGAUGCAUGGAAGAAGCGUUACAUAAAAGCAUUUGUUGCUACUUCUGGACCGCUUGGUGGGGCCGUCAAGGCCCUGAAGAUUGAAGCUAGUGGUAAGUUAUGCGCUUUUAGCCUUCCGCUUCACUGUGCAUCUUGGUUAAUUUGGAGUAAACAUAGUCUGCGUUUGUCACAAUACGGCAGACUUCUUCCCCGUUCCCAAAAACUAGACCGACAAGCUGAGUAA